AUGUCCCAAAGCCAUGCUCUUUCAGACGACCAGGUCGCGGGUGAGCUCCGCAAGAUGACCGCCUUCAUCCGACAGGAAGCUUUCGAGAAGGCCCGGGAGAUCAACCUCAAGGCAGACGAGGAAUUCGCCAUUGAGAAAUCGAAGCUCGUACGACAGGAAACCGCAUCCAUCGACCAGCUGUACGAGAAGAAGUUCAAGCAGGCUAGCAUGACGCAGCAGAUCACCCAAUCCACGCUCGCCAACAAGACUCGUCUACGGGUUCUCUCUGCCAGACAGGGGCUGCUGGACGAUCUGUUUGAGCGAGCUAGAGAGGAGGUCACCACGGCUGCAACGGGGGAGAAGGGCGCCAACUACGAGAAAAUACUGACCGGGCUCAUUCUCGAGGGUCUCUAUGCGCUGAACGAGAGCAAGGUGCAAGUCAGGGCUAGAAAGGCGGACUAUGAAACGGUCAAGAAGUCUGCCGAAGCUGCUUCCAAGGAAUUCAAGGACAAGGCCGGGAAGGAGACUACCGUGGAGAUUGACGAGAGCGAGCCGCUCGUCGAGGAUUCUGCCGGAGGCGUCAUCGUUCUUGGAAGCAAUGGGAAAAUCGAGUUCAACAACACACUUGAAGAGCGAUUGAGAUUACUGGAAGCCGACUCCCUACCCACAGUCAGAGAGAUGCUCUUCGGCAAGAAUGAAAAUCGCAAGUUCUACGACUGA